UUUGUGCUUGCGGAGGAGAGCUGACUUCAGCGACUUGUCAUGUGGAGUUCAAAAGUGAUCGAAGAAGCAGUUUGAUACAGUUGUAAGAGAUGGAGGACAGAAAGGAAUUAGGAUUGGAGAACGAGGAAGAAUCUCAAGAAGACAACGCCCAGUCGAGAUGCGAAACUUUUAAAGGAUGCUGUGUAUUAUUUCUUCGAAAAGAGAAGCUCAUAAUUGCAGUGUUUACAUCCGUUAUUCUUGGGUUUAUCGUUGGCGUGAGCAUAAAUUCAGCAACUCAAAACUUGCAAGAGCCUGACCGAACAACAUUGUUAACACUGAUUGGGUUUCCUGGCGAACUGCUUGUAAGAAUGCUUCGUAUGUUGGUACUGCCGCUGAUCGUUUGCAGUUUAAUCGUAGGCCUAGCGGGCCUUGAGAAGCAUGCAUCUGGUAGGGUCGGUCGACGUGCUGUUGUCUACUACCUAGGGACAACUUUCAUUGCCGCUGUUUUGGGCUUGAUUAUAGUUGUCAUCAUCCAGCCGGGUAAAAAAGCUUCAGUGCCUUCAACCUUGGCGGAUCAGCCGUCAGCAAGAACCCUGGAUUCAUUUCUCGAUCUACUAAGGAAUAUGUUCCCAGACAAUAUCAUACAGGCAUGUUUUGAGCAGGCAAAAACAUCAGUGAAGAAUGUUAAUGUUCCAGUGAAAAAUGUGGAUAUAAACAUGUCUGCAACGACUCUGUCAGAGCUCGAGCAGUUGAAAAAAAAGUACACGGUGAAAAGAGAAGUUAUAAAUCACACAACUGGAGAAAAUAGGACAUUUUAUACAAUUUAUAGCCAAGUGGUAGUAGGUGGGCCAGUUGUUUACAAGUCGGGACAGAACCUCAUUGGACUAGUCGUUUUCUCAAUAGCAGUUGGUCUUGUCACUGCUUCUCUUGGGGACGAAGGAAAACCUUUGCUGAAAUUCGUAGAUUGUGUCAAUAAAGUUAUAUCAAAGCUUGUUCGUUACGUCAUGUGGUAUUCUCCCAUCGGCAUUUGGAGCCUUCUGGCCGUUUCAUUUGCUCAGAUGAACGAUAUAAGCGGAACAUUUGAAAGUCUGGGGCUUUUGGUUCUGUGUGUUAUUCUCGGACUGCUCAUUCAUGUGUUUUGUGUUUAUCCUGGAAUAUACUUCAUUUUCUUACGAAAAAAUCCAUAUGUCUACAUGAAGGGGCUGCUGCAACCACUCAUCACUGCGUUUGGUACAAGCUCAAGUGCAGCGACAUUGCCGGUCACAAUGAAGUGUCUACAAGAAAAGCAGAAGGUUGAUAGUCGUAUUGUAAAUUUCAUGGUUCCAAUUGGUGCCACUGUGAACAUGGACGGUGGAGCACUUUAUGAGUCGCUUACCUGUAUAUAUCUAGCACAAGCAUACGGCUAUGAUCUUGAUUUUGGAAAAUACAUUGCCAUCAGUCUUGCUGCAACAAUGGCAUCAAUUGGAUCUGCGGGAGUGCCAUCAGUUGCACCAGUUGCUAUCCUCAUCGUUCUCCAGGCAGCUGGCCUGCCACCUGAAGCGGUUUCCUUGGUUUUUACCGUUGAUUGGUUCUUGGAUCGUUUCAGAACAGCAGUAAAUGUCUGCGGGGAUUGCUUUGGUGCAGCAGUAGUUGCGCAUUUAUCAAAGAACGAUCUUUGUCUCCCAAAUGCUAUGGAAGGAAAUUCAGUUGUUCUGAACGAUAGAAAUGCAGAGAAAAACGCGUCUUUACUAUCAGUAGAGGGCGCAGAAAGCAGCUCUACCACCAUGUUGUAAACAAAUCGCAAUAAAUUUUCAGGCUUCAUCCCAUCAUUUCAUUUCAGCACGUUUAAAUGACAUUCGGACGUCUAGGUCACCACUUUUGUCUGUAAAUAGAGUACUUUGGGUGUUUUGUGGUGAUAAUAUAAUUUUAGCUUAAUUCUAUUGUGUUUUCUUGGUGAUAAACAAACCACUAAGGAGAGCAAGGAGUGACAAGACGAUUACAUUAAACUCCACACAUUUCUGACGGUUAAACAACUCGGUUCAAAAAAUUUACUGUCCGCAAAUUUCACUCCCGAAAAACUACAUAGAAACUUUGAAAUAUAGUAAUUUAUUGACCAGGCAAUUUAGAGGAGGUGGGGCUGCAAUACUAACAUGGAAAGAUAAAAACGAGGGGCAAUUCACUCUUGCAAAUAGCGUACGAGAUUUUCCCUUAAACAAAGGAUUUCUGGGGAUUUCCAGAUAAAACAAUAGGAUUUUAGAAAAGGUGUACGAGAUUUUCUUUGAGUGAUUUGCCCCUCAAAUAAGAAUUCGAAUACAGAAGGAUGCUUGCUUGAUUCAUUCUCUUUCUCAGUAUGCCCAUCAUCAAGCAUUAUUAACGCCCAAGCUUCCUCCAAAUUUUCUUAUUCACCUUUCCUGUAUUUGGAAAUGGUUCUUCUGAGAAUUCAUCUUUUACAUUUUGUCCGAAAUUGUCUAAAAUCAACCUUCUUGGUCCGAAAUGUUCUAUACGAAAAUUAAACGUGCGAAAUUAACACUUCCGAAAUUUUUGGGUAUUGGUGUAAACUUUGUAAACAUAGAUUUAUUGGCUUUUUUCUAAUUAUUCUGUUGUAACAAGUUUUGUUUAGGCUAUGUCACCUUGGUGUAGAAGCUUGACAUUUUAUCUAUUCAUGAUAGAUGGUGUAUUACUUAGUUUCUAUGUCUCUCAUGUACUUUUGCAUACUUUUAUAGCUUCAUAUGAUGUGGUUGACUGUAUUGCUUUAAAUUCAAACAUUCAUAAGGAACUUAAACGCAGGAACAAUAAGGCUUCUAGUUUUUAACACUCGUUUGUGUAGCUACGUAAUCGUUUCAGAGAUACGACAAUGUGUGUCUUUUGUGUAUGAUUAAAUUUAGUUAAUAUAAGCAGCUUGGGCUCUUUUGACAGAUCUAUCAGUAAUUUAUUGCAUAGUUAAAUAAAGCGGAAUUCUGCAUUUUUAUGAGUAAUAGGAAUAACGCUUUACAGAACUGAUUUUCGUGUUCCCGUGUAAUGUCUUGGUAGCGUGUUGAAAGUUUAGCUUUCUCUUGAAUGUGUAUAUUUCAGCAAAGAUUUGACUAUUUUA